CGGGGGACGUGGCUGAGGGCAAUGGCGGGCGCGGCGCCGGCGGGGGAGCCGGAUGAGCUCUUCGAUCUCCGCAACAACUUCUACAUCGGCGCCUACCAGGCCGCCAUCAACGAGGCGCAGCGCGUCAAGCCGGGCAGCCCCGAGAAGGAGCUGGAGCGGGACGUGUUCCUGUUCCGAGCCUACAUCGCCCAGAGGAAGUUUGGAGUGGUGCUGGAUGAGAUCAAGGCCAAUGCCAGCCCCGAGCUGCAGGCUGUGAGGAUGUUUGCAGAAUUCCUGGCCAACGAGGGCCAGAGGGACUCCAUCGUGGCAGACCUGGACAAGAAGAUGGCCAAGAGUGUGGACGUGGCCAACUCCACCUUCCUGCUGAUGGCAGCUUCCAUUUAUUUCCAUGACCAGAACCCCGACGCUGCCCUGAGGGCCCUGCACCAGGGGGAGAGCCUGGAAUGCUUGGCCAUGAUGAUCCAGAUCCUGCUGAAGCUCGACAGGCUCGACCUGGCCAGGAAGGAGCUGAAAAAAAUGCAGGAGCAGGACGAGGACGCGACCCUGACCCAGCUGGCCACAGCCUGGGUGAACCUGGCCUUGGGCGGUGAGAAGCUGCAGGACGCGUUCUACGCCUUGCAGGAGCUGCAGGAGCGCUGCUGCCCCGCGCUGCCCCUGCUCAACGGCCAGGCCGCCGCUGCCAUGGGCCAGGGGCGCUGGGACGAGGCCGAGGGGCUGCUCCAGGAGGCCCUGGACAAGGACAGCAGCCACCCUGAGACGCUGCUGAACCUCGUGGUGCUGUCCCAGCACCUGGGCAAGGCCCCCGAGGUGACCAAUCGUUACCUGUCCCAGCUGAAAGAUGCUCACAAAAACCACCCCUUCAUCAAGGAGUACCAGGCCAAGGAGAACGACUUUGACCGCCUGGCCCUGCAGUAUGCACCCAGUGCCUGAGCCCUGGGACCCAAAAAAUUCCCUCUGGGACCCAAAAAAUUCCCUCUGGGACCCAAAAAAUUCCCUCUGGGACCCAAAAAAGUCACCCUGGGAUCCAGAAAUUCCAUCUGGGAACCAAAAACGUCACCCUGGGAUCCAGAAAUUCCCUCUGGGAACCAAAAACGUCACCCUGGGAUCCAGAAAUUCCAUCUGGGACCCAAAAAAUUCCCUCUGGGAACCAAAAAAGUCACCCUGGCAUCCAGAAAUUCCAUCUGGGAACCAAAAAAUUCCCUCUGGAACACAAAAAAUUCCCUCUGGAAUCCAGAAAUUCCAUCUGGAACACAAAAAAUUCCCUCUGGGAACCAAAAAAUUCCCUCUGGGAACCAAAAAAGUCACCCUGGGAUCCAGAAAUUCCAUCUGGGAACCAAAAACAUCACCCUGGGAUCCAGAAAUUCCCUCUGGGAACCAAAAAAUUCCUCUGGAACCCAAAAAAUUCCCUCUGGAAUGGGAAAAAUUCCCUCUAGAACCCAAAAAAGUCACCCUGGAACCCAAAAAAAUUCCCUCUGGAAUACAAAAAAUUCCCAAUGGGACCCAGAAAUUCCCUCUGGAACAGGGAAUUUUCUACCUGGAACCCAAAAAAUUCCCUCUGGAACCCAAAAAAAAAAAGAAAAAAAAAUCCGUUUUGGAACCCAGAAAAUUAAAUAAUUGUAAAUUAAAUAAAUUAAAAAAUUAAAAAUAAAAAAAUCAUAAUCCUCCAGUAUUUUCUUGAAUUUUCCCCCAAUCCCUGCAGGAUUUUUAGGAAAUGUUCUCACUUCCCCAUGGAAUCCUCAACACGAAUUUUGGGAAUUUUUUUAGGAAUUCUGCAGGCAGUGGAGGAGUCCAAAUUUUGGGGUUUUUUUAGGAAUUCUGCAGGCACUCCUGUGCAGUUUCAUUGAGAAUUUUGGGAUUUUUUUUAGGAAUUCUGCAGGCACUCCUGUGCAGUUUCAUUGAGAAUUUUGGGGUUUUUUUAGGAAUUCUGCAGGCACUCCUGUGCAGUUUCAUUGAGAAUUUUGGGAUUUUUUUAGGAAUUCUGCAGGCACUCCUGUGCAGUUUCAUUGAGAAUUUUGGGGUUUUUUUUUAGGAAUUCUGCAGGCACUCCUGUGCAGUUUCAUUGAGAAUUUUGGGGUUUUUUUUAGGAAUUCUGCAGGCACUCCUGUGCAGUUUCAUUGAGAAUUUUGGGUUUUUUUAGGAAUUCUGCAGGCACUCCUGUGCAGUUUCAUUGAGAAUUUUGGGGUUUUUUUAGGAAUUCUGCAGGCACUCCUGUGCAGUUUCAUUGAGAAUUUUGGGUUUUUUUUAGGAAUUCUGCAGGCACUCCUGUGCAGUUUCCAUUGAGAAUUUUGGGGUUUUUUUAGGAAUUCUGCAGGCACUCCUGUGCAGUUUCCAUUGAGAAUUUGGGGUUUUUUUUUAGGAAUUCUGCAGGCACUCCUGUGCAGUUUCAUUGAGAAUUUUGGGGUUUUUUUAGGAAUUCUGCAGGCACUCCUGUGCAGUUUCCAUUGAGAAUUUUGGGGUUUUUUUAGGAAUUCUGCAGGCACUCCUGUGCAGUUUCAUUGAGAAUUUUGGGGUUUUUUUUAGGAAUUCUGCAGGCACUCCUGGGCAGUUUCCCUCUCAAAGGUCCCUUUGUGCUCGGGCUCUCUGUGGGAUCAAUGUUCCCUUUGUGGAGCUCUCAAAGGCUCCAGUGUGCUCCAAAAUUCCCUGGAAAAACCCAACAAUCCCAGCCUGGGGAGCCGGGGGCACCCGGGGGGACCCCAGAACAACGAGCCUGGGGCUCAGCCUGGGCUGGCCCAGAGAAAUUGGGGUGAAAAUUGGGGUUUGGUGUGGUUGUUUUUAAAAAUUAUUUUAUAUUUAAAUUGAUUUUAUUCUGGUUUUUAACUUGUAUUUUUAUUUUUUUUUUUUGUUUUUAUUUGUUUUAUUUUUAUUUUUAUUUUUUUAUUUCCAUUUCCAUUUCCAUUUCUAUUUUAUUUCUAUUUCCGUUUCUCUUUCUAUUUUUUAUCAUUUUAUUUUUAUUUAUUAGUACUUUUUAUUUUCUAUUUUUAUUUCUAUAUUGGUUUUAUAUUUAUAUGGCUUUUAUUCCAGUCUUUCCUUGUAUUCCUAUUUUUAUUUUAUAUUUAAAUCAGUUUUAUUCUGUUUUUUUAUUGUAUUUUUAUUUUCUUAUUAUUUAUGUAUUUUUUAUUUUUUAUUUCUAUUUUUAUCUUUAUUUCUAUUUUUAUUUUUAUCUUUAUUUCUAUUUUUAUUUUUAUUUCUAUUUUUCUCUUUUUCUCUUACUUUUUCUAUUUUUAUUUUGUAUUUAAAAUGCUUUUAUUUCAGUUUUUCCAUCUAUUUCUGUUUUUAUUUUAUAUUUCGAUCGGUUUUAUUUCACUUCUUCCUUCUAUUUUAUUUUCUAUUUCAAUCAGUUUUAUUUCACUUUUUCCUUCCAUUUUCAUUUCUAAUUUAUAUUUCGAUCCGUUUGAUUUCGCUUUUUCCUUCUAUUUUUAAUUUUUAUUUGAUAUUUAAAUUGAUUUUAUUUCAGUUUUUCCUUUCCUCUGGGAGGGAAUUUGAUUUUUACAGAUCCCUUUUGUUUUUCCAGACCCACUUCAAGGUUCAUUUCAUGACUCCAGACCCAUCCCAAAGGUGAAUUUUAUUAUUCCAGAUCCAUUUCCAAGUUUCAUUUCUUGAUUCCAGACCCAUCUUUAAGGUGGAUUGGGGUGCCAGAACCUGGGGGUACCAAAACUUUGGGGAACCAGAACCUCAGGUACCGAAAUUUUGGGGUACCAAAACCUCGGGGUACCAAAACUUUGGGGUGCUGAGACCUCUGGGUUCUGAAACUUUGGGGUAUCAAAAUUUUGGGGUAC